AUGCAUCUACUAUUUGUCGUGCUUCUGACUGAAUUCGCACGAAGCUGCUGUGGUAAAGACACAGAAAAGGCUAGCUUUGUGACGUCUAUAUCGGACGUUGCUCACGACUCUCGGGCACUGCUGGCCGACAACAGACAAGAAAAGCGGUAUCUACGUCCGUAUAGUUUUGACAAGCUGGAUUCAGCCGAAGAGAGAACAGAGCCUAAGGGGGUUAUGACGGAGGCAUUAGAAGAUUUAUCUAAAGUGGAUGCUUUUCUCAGCAAAACCUCGAACGAAGAUUCAAGCCUAGUGAAAGCGGCCGUAUCAAAAAUCGAGCAAGGAGCAUUCAAAGAGCAGCAAAUCAAACUGGCUAUAAAGGCGCCCGAGAAAACCAGACAGCACGAACGUCAGGAAAGCUAUGAAAAGCUUUUAAACGAGAUGAAACCACUCAAGCGUGGCACAGUCAAACAUACCGAGUUCCUGGAGACUCAUCUUCCCGAGUAUAAGGACCUAAAUUUGCUCGACGACAGCAUACAUCAACUAUUGUGGGUUAAGGUAGAAAAGGACUUGCGCGAAAAGAAUAACGAAGUUUACGUUAAAGGGGAUGGGCAUUCGUUGCACAUACCCGUUGCGGAUUUCGAGGGUAUCAAGAGAUCUUCUUUGCUUGGAUCACAUAGUAACCGAGCCGCCGAAGCCAAGACGGAAAAGGGUCAAAAAGUCGCGGUAAUGGCUUUGGUCUCAAAACUCGACGAUAAAAGUAAGCUUAAGAAGUAUUGUAUCACUAGUAGCUCAUAUCCCGAUAAGUCAAAUUAUGUCGCGAUGAAGGGAGGUGUAGUCGAAGGCGAGAGUCUUCCGAGUGCUGUUGUACGCGAGGUGGACGAGGAGGCUGGAUAUGUAGUAGCUUUAUCUGAUGAGAAACUGGAUAUAGUCACAAACGAGAAAACAGAGACACACGUUUUUGAAGCAAGAGUUAAAGAAACGCUUCAUGAUUAUCCUGAGAACUCGCGUUUCCGUCUAGAGGUUGAACUUAUAGACGCAAUCAAGCUGGUUGGUGGGCCGCGCACGGUAUCGGGUAAUAUGCUGCUGAAGGUUUUAAAAAAGCAGCGCUCUCCGGAGGAGAUCAAGGAGGUGGAGGAUAUGCUGAAAGAAAUGGAUAACAUCUUCGAGAUAUACCUAAAAAAAAAGAAAAAAAAUUGCCCAACUAAAGUAGCGGCAAUCAACCAACAAUGCUGUAAUGGCGUCAGCUUUGCAGUAUUUUGUCGCUCCUGUCCAACAUUUACUUUUGCUACCACAGUCUUGAAUACUUCUUCAGUUCUCGAACGCUACAUUUCCAAUAGCACAUUGACCUAA